AUUUAUUAUUUAUUCAACAUGGGACGCCACCUGCUCCUGUUGAUUUCCAUCCUCUACAUCUGCAUUAGCCAGGGUUUUUGCUCUGGUGUUUUCGAGCUGAAGUUGCAGGAGUUUCUGAACAAGAAAGGGGUUCAGGGCAACAAAAACUGUUGUAGGAACGGUUUGACGUCGACGCUCCAGCAAUGCGAAUGUAAAACGUUUUUCCGAAUCUGCCUGAAACAUUACCAGCCCAACGCGUCGCCUGAACCCCCUUGUACCUAUGGUGGUGCAGUUACUCCCGUUCUCGGGUCCAAUUCGUUCCAGGUUCCAGAUACUUUACCCGAUGGUUCUUUCACAAACCCAAUUAGGAUUAAUUUUGGAUUCACGUGGCCCGGAACGUUUUCAUUGAUCAUUGAGGCACUACACGCUGAUUCCAAAGAGGACCUCUCAACAGAAAACCCGGACCGCGUUAUUAGUACAAUGACCACACAAAGACACUUGACAGUUGGGGAAGACUGGUCCCAAGACCUGCACAGCGUGGGUCGAACAGAGUUGAGGUACUCCUACAGAUUUGUUUGUGACGAACACUACUACGGUGAUGGCUGCUCCGUCUUCUGCCGUCCAAGAGACGACGCCUUCGGUCACUUCACCUGCGGAGAGCGCGGCGAGAUUAUCUGCGACGCUGGAUGGAAAGGACAGUAUUGCACUGAGCCUAUCUGCCUCCCGGGAUGUGAUGAAGAGCAUGGGUUUUGUGAAAAGCCUGGAGAGUGCAAGUGCAGAGUUGGCUUCAAAGGGCGUUACUGUGACGAGUGCAUACGUUACCCAGGAUGCCUUCACGGAACCUGCCAGCAACCAUGGCAAUGUAACUGCCAGGAGGGAUGGGGAGGCCUCUUCUGUAACCAAGAUCUGAACUACUGCACACAUCACAAGCCUUGUCUGAAUGGAGCCACUUGUAGCAACACUGGCCAGGGCAGCUACACCUGCUCCUGUCGCCCGGGAUACACUGGCGCCAGCUGUGAGAUCGAGGUCAACGAAUGCGCAGGAAACCCCUGCAGGAAUGGAGGGAGUUGCACUGACAUGGAGAACACGUACAGCUGUGCCUGUCCACCUGGUUUCUACGGCAAAAACUGCGAGUUGAGCGCGAUGACGUGCGCGGACGGACCCUGCUUCAACGGCGGCCGUUGCGCCGAUAAUCCGGACGGAGGAUAUUUCUGUCAGUGCCCCAAAGGCUACGCCGGUUUCAACUGCGAAAAGAAGAUCGACCACUGCACGUCCAGCCCCUGUUCCAACGGUGCUCGCUGUGUUGAUCUGGUGAAUUCGUACCUGUGCCAGUGCCCGGAGGGUUUCACAGGCAUGAAUUGUGACCGUGCUGGGGAUGAGUGUUCCCAGUACCCCUGCCAGAACGGAGGCACCUGCCAAGAGGGUGUCAACGGCUACACUUGUGCCUGCCCACCUGGCUACACCGGACGGAACUGCAGUUCUCCAAUCAGCCGCUGCCAGCACAACCCGUGUCACAAUGGGGCCACCUGCCACGAACGCAACAACCGCUACGUCUGUGCUUGCGCGCCGGGCUACGGCGGACGCAACUGCCAGUUCCUGCUUCCGGACCGUGCCUCCCAAACCGGCGGAGACAUCCCGUGGACCGCGGUGGGAUCUGGAGUCCUACUGGUCCUGCUGCUGUUGGUGGCGUGUGCCGUGCUGGUGGCGUGCGUUCGCUCGAAGGUGCAGCAGCGCCGUCGCGAACGGGAGGAAGAAGCGGUGAACGGCGAGAGCGAGACCAUCAACAACCUGACGAACAACUGCCACCGAGACAAGGACCUGGCGGUGAGCGUCGUCGGGGCUACGUUGGUGAAAAACACCAACAAGAAGGUGGAUUUCCACGGCGACCGUGACGACCUAGGAGGACUGGUGGCAGAGAAGAGCAGCUACAAGAGUAGGCACAGGACGGCAGAUUAUAACCUGGUGCACGAAGUGAAGUACGAGGUGAAACACGAGGUGAAGCUGGAGCAGGCAGCCAAAGAGAUGGCUGACAGCUGCGAGGACGUGAAAUGCCAAGCCCUGGACCCCUGCGAGUUUGAGGAGAAACGCAGAAAACGUUUGAAAAGCGAUGCAUCAGACAGUAAAUAUUCUGAAUCAAAAUAUUCGGAGUCGAACUACUCCGAGUCGAACUUUUCCGUCAGCAUGUGCGUCCGCGUGCGCAUCGGCAUCGGCAUCGGCAUCUGCAUCGGCGUGCGUCGACACCAAAUACAAGUCCGUCAUGGUGAUGUCGGAGGAAAAAGACGAAUGUGUCAUCGCCACUGA